UAUACCGUAUUCUGUACGAGAAUUAGACGAACUGUACAGACGCGAAGUGAAAAUGUCUGCAGAGGCUGCUGGACAUUGUUACUGUGGAAUACCAGACAUUACAAGUACAUACUACUUCUCCUGUGAGAAAUGUAAAAGAAAGUUUCAUGAAGAAUGUUUGAAGAGUGGUCCAGCAUCAGCAUUAAAGGGAGACUAUCUGUAUCGUUUCAAAUGUGAGAUGUGUGGAGGUGGCGAGGAAGAACUAACACGGAUGAGGCUCCAAUGGGUGCAAGUAGUCCACCUAACAUUGUACAAUCUACAGCUGGCGGGGUCAGGAAUGUGUGGAUAUUUCAGAUGGAAGGAACAUAUCUGUACAUUCAUUGACAAUCACUGGACUACUUUCUUUGGAUCUCAAAGAAAGAAGACAUCACUAUGGCAUGGUACUGUAGCUGGUGUGUUAUCCCAGGGAUGUCCAGCAAUCUUUGUGUCUGGUGCCAAUGAACUGAAGGAAAGUGGGUGGUGGCGACUGAAGGAAUUGCAGCCUCCAAAUCCUCAUAAACAAAGUACACCUGUUACCAAACCAGCUGUAAAGAAGAAAGAGAUUUCCCCGACCCCAAAGGAUGCUCCAAAAGAAGGUCUGAGAAGUAGAAGGGGUAAAACAUCUAUAGAGGCAGCUAUGGAACUUAAAGCUAAAAGAUCAACUUUGACAGAAGCAAAAGAGAUAAGGAAAACAAAAUUAGCUAAAAGUCAGGCAGAUGAGUCGCAAAUUUUGAACCAGUCAGCUGAAAAUUUACAGUGUCAAACUGAAUCCCAGGUGAACCAGUCCAUAGACUGUCUUCAAUCUUCAGCCCAGUCUACAGAAAAUACACAGUCAUCAGGUCACUCAUCAGAACAUGUGCAGUAUGUAGCGCAGAAGGAUGGCAGUACACCACUCAAUCCAAGGGAGAAAACUUUGGCUCGUCCAGAGAAACUUUUAGCAUUCACAGGACUUUUCUCUAAAAGUGAUUCAGGAACCUUAUUGAUGGAUGGUACUACAAGUGGACCUGUUACAUCCAGUUGGUCAAUGGUAUCCUCAAGGUCAGGGUCAUUAGCUGACUGCAGUGAUGAAGGCAGUAAUAUCUCACAGAGUAGCUAUCUUACAGAGAAAGAUCUCCAGUUUCAAGCCACAGUACCAAACCUGCUGUUGUCUGAUGAUGCAGCAGCUCAUGAUGCUGAUGAAAGUGACCUUGAGAUUGACCCGGGAACCAUUACACCUCCUGGUUCCCCUUUCAGAAUGGAAGAAUCUCCAACGGUGCAGGAAAUGCUGUCUGCCAUAGAUGAGAGUAGUUAUCUUGACAACAGUAACCUUGACAACAGUUGUCAAGGAAGUACAUCCAUGGAUACCAGUAAUCCAGACAGUCUCUACAGCAGCAGUAACCAGGCAAACUUUUCAUUCUUUAGAAAUAUUGACAGCAACACUAGUCAAGGUGAGAUUGAUACUGCCAGAUCUGUAGUGGAUUCUGAAAGUGACAGUGUAUCUUCCUCAUCAUCCGAGGUAGAGGAUUCACAGUUGGAUGGAGAUACAGGAGAAAAACAUGAAAGGAGAAGAAAGAGAAAACUUGAGACAGAGGAACAACCAACAGCUGUGGUACUUCCUAAAUGUCAAUAUCAGUUGAUGAGUACAUUUGAAGAAAGGCAGUUACUGAAGAAAUUGGAAGCCGCAUCUGAGACCUGUAGAUUACCUCCACACCUCAACAGGCUGAAAAGAAAACUCAAGGUCAGACAGUUGAAGAGAGAGCAUGGUGUUCCCCAGUUUGAUUUGGAUGCAGAAAUGAACAAAUUAUCACAGAGGUGCUUUGGUUUAAACAUGGAAAGGCUCAUCAACAAUCCUGGAAAUUGUUACCAUGGUGAUAUGAGAAUCCUGGACAAGUUUCAGACAAAUGUAAGCAACUUUUCAAGAGCACAGCUACAUCAGCAACCUUCAUUCCUUAACAGACUUGUUGGAUAUGAGGAUGAUCAACUACAUACUGUGUGUAGUCCUUACACAGCCAGAAUUCUGAAGCCAUUUAUCUGGCGAGAUUAUGAGUCAAGACCAUUGAAGAUGAGAUUAUUGGCAGAGAUAAAAGCUUAUCCUCACAGAAACGACCCAACAUGGAAACCAGAGCCAUUACCUCCUAUAGACUAUUGCUAUGUCAGACCUCAACAUAUAGCUUCGGUAAAUGCUCUGUGCAGAGAAUGUUUCUGGCCAGGAAUUGAUGUGUCGGAAUGUCUGCAGUAUCCAGAUUUCAGCUGUGUUGCUCUGUACAGGAAAAUUGUGAUAGGGUUUGCAUUUAUGGUACCUGACGUAAAACAGAAUGAGGCUUACAUCUCCUUUAUAUUUACACAUCCAGAAUGGAGACGUGCUCACAUGGCAACAUUCAUGUUAUAUCAUCUUAUUCAGACAUGUAUGGGGAAAGAUGUCACUCUCCAUUGUUCCGCUACCAACAAUGCCAUGUUACUGUAUCAGAAAUUCGGAUUUAAACCAGAAGAAUAUAUUCUAGACUUUUAUGACAAAUAUUUUCCUGCUGACACCACACAGUGCAAACAUGCUUUCUUGUUAAGACUAAGAAGAUAAAAAUAAAAUAUGAUAUGAUGAGCAUA